GCUUCGACAUCGACGCUCUGGAUACUGCAGCAAAAUUUGUUAUUUUUUAUUUUAUUGUUGUGGUGAUGUUCUAUGUAAUCAAACACAUAAAAAAGCGAAGGAUUCUCUUUGCUAAAUAUGCUAGGUAAAAGUAAAGGAAAAGUUAUAUAUUUGUGCAGUGUGGCGCAAUGCCCUUCAAAAUACGUGAAAAACCGGUCAGGAAAUCUCAGCUUUCACCGGUGGCCCGAUCCGUCGAGAACCAGCAUACCGCACUUGCGUCAUUUGGCUGGUCUCCGUUUAUCUGCGUGGAAUAAAUUUGCGAAAUCCCUUAGUAUACCCCCCAAAAAUAAGAGAAUAUGUGGCAAACACUUUGUUUCCGGCAAACCCGCCAAAACAACGGACACCGCUUGCGUGGAUUGGGUCCCAAGUCUCUGUCUGCCGGACCAUGACUAUUGUGUUGAAGCUGCAGAGCCACUUGCUGAAGCAUUUCUUGAUUCCUUGAUCGAGGAGACAGCACUUGAUCUACCCGAGGUAAAAUAUGAUCCUUUAGCUGUACCAAACAACGACUGGAUGGAAACAUAUGAGUAUCAUGAUGAAAACUCAACAGCUGCAGAGACAUCUUCAUCAUUUGAAACAGAAACAUCAUCCGAAACCGAAUACUGGGAAUCUAACCGGCAAAACUCGAUAGCGGUGCAGGCUACAUGUUCCGUACGAAGUCAUGCUACGCAAACUGAAGGUACAACAGAUUUUGAAAAUAGCAUAAUCUUACAUCAAACAAAAAAGAUCAAGCGUAUGCAGAAAACUAUUGACGCGCAGAGCCGUGAGAUAGCAGAGCUUAAAAAGUCUCUUCUGAGUUUGAUGAACACAACAGCUUUUGAAAACGGCACACCGCAAGCCACGUUACUAAUAACAGUGCUCUUUCACAAGACAAGUAUAAAGCGAAACGAAAUAACGCAUCAGAAAUCCUAUCCGUAUACGCCUGGGCACAAACGGAGAACAUCGAAAAGUGAGUUUUUGAAACAAAACGUGGACCCGACGGAAAGAUUGAGCAGCGGCCGGGUAUCGACUACGACGAGGUUUACGCACUGAUGGUCCGGUACUAGACGAUAAGAUACCUGAUGGUGUUGGAGACAAAGUUCGACCUUAAUGUGAACCAAAUGAACGCGGUCACGGCUCCCGGGCAAGGGAAGCUCAACGACAAAAUAAUCCAUAUGCAGUAACCAGAUUUGUAAGCGCGUUGUACGGUCUGAAGCAAUCCAGCAGUGUUUGGAAUCAGCAGCGCCAGGAUGAGGUAGACACCUGUUUUUACUACGAGGUCGAUGGAGAAGUCUUUGUUAUCAUAUCUCUACACCUUUUGAAAGCAGUGAGCGGUUGUACAAAUCAAUGUUCUUUUACCUUACCUUACCAAACAAUCCCAAGCCUUAUGGUGUGGCCUAUGCUGUACGUAAGAGUCGGCUCCAUUUCAUUCGGUCCAUAGCUGUAGUACGCCAGCUCUUCAGUCUGCGUAGGGUCUGUAGGUCAUCUUCCACCUCGUGCACCUCUCGUCUCGUCUCUGACGGAUUGAGAACCGUCUACUGGGCUGUCGUCCAACAUGCCCAGCCCACUACAACUCGUCAAUCUAACAGCUCCUGCAGUUAGUGGUUCAUUUGCCUUCUCCACAUUCCGUUCUCCUUCUGCAGUCCACCGAAGAUGGUACGCAACACUUACUUGCGUUCCUGGUGAAACAUCCCUCAGGAUUUUACCUGCGUUACAAUGUUACGCCGACGCACUUGAUCCAUGACAGCUUGUCUCCAGUUUCUAGAGCGUCCUUAAUUUAUUAAAUCUUGCUCCUCUUGGUCUAUUGGCCGGAUUCCAGACGAACACCAUUUUUGCGGGAUUGUUGUCCGGCGUUCUUACAACAUGUCCCGUUCAUUGUACCCUUCUAGCUUGAGCGACUUUCUGGUUACUGG